CUUCGACCCUAAUGAUCCAUGUGGGAUGAUAUUGGUGGUUGCGGGAAUAAGAUGAUUGUUAGAAACGAUCAUGAGCGUUUAAUCGGGUAGAAUAAUGGGGCUUUUUCUGGGUCCAAAGGGACCAUUGAAGCUUGAGCUCAUUGCCCGGUUGUGCCUUGGUGCGUGAGAACAAGCAUCUUUCAAGUCUUAAUCCUGUCCGUCGGGAGCACAUGUCAAGAUUGGGCUUGUCAUUCCGCAGACUGAAAGAAUACACUGUCUGGCCCUCAAUCUUACGGCUUCCUCCCCAGGAACAUCCAUCUUCACCUACUCUGAAAUCGGCAGGAAGAUGGCCAGCUUGUCUUACCUUGGUUUCUUUUUGCUUCUGGUCCUCGUAGCAUGCGGCUGCGAGGCCAAGACCGUCACCUACGACUUCAAUGUCACCUGGGUCACCGCAAACCCCGAUGGCUUACAGGAGCGAAAGGUUGUCGGCAUCAAUGGACAGUGGCCGCUGCCUGUAAUUGAAGUCGACAAGGGGGACCGGCUGGUUGUGAACAUGGACAACCAGCUUGGCGACAAGUCAGCUUCCAUCCAUUUCCAUGGCAUGUUCCAGAACGGCACGAAUGAGAUGGACGGACCUUCGAUGGUCACUCAAUGCCCAGUGAAUCCGGGCUCAAGCAUCACCUACAACUUCACUGUCGACCAGAGCGGCACCUACUGGUACCAUUGCCAUACUGAAUAUUGCUAUCCGGAUGGUUAUCGACAGGCAUUGAUCGUCCACGACGACGAGGCAUUUUUUGCGAAGGACUACGACGAAGAGAUUGUGCUCACCAUGACCGACUGGUACCACGAGCUGGUGGAAGAUCUCGAAGCUAAAUUCAUGUCGCUUUACAACCCUUCUGGAGCAGAGCCUAUUCCUGGCUCAUUUCUAGUCAACGACACCAUGAACUCCAGUAUAUCUGUGAAGCCAGACACGACAUAUCUGAUCAGGCUGAUCAAUUACGGAGCUUUCGUUGGCCAAUAUUUCUACAUUGAGGACCACACCUUCAAGAUUGUUGAAGUCGAUGGCGUUUAUACAGAGCCAAAGGAGGCCAGCAUGCUCUACAUAUCUGUCGCGCAACGCUACGCCAUUCUUCUCACAACCAAAAACUCAACCGAGAAGAACUACCCAAUUGUUACGGUCGCCGACUCCAGUCUUCUUGAUACCAUCCCGGAUGCCCUCAAACUGAACAACACCAAUUGGCUCGAGUACGACAAAAAGGCAUCGCAUCCUCAGGGCGUCGUCAAAACCGAUGACAGCACCACUCUGAAUCCAUUUGACGACUUUGAGCUCGUUCCAUACGACAAGAUGGAACUACUCCCGGACCCAGACAUGGAAAUUGAUGUCACUGUGUACAUGAAGAACCUCAUGACCGGGUUCAACUAUGCGUUCCUCAACAACAUUAGCUACACGGCCCCCAAGGUUCCAGCAUUGUACACAGUCCUGUCGUCUGGCGACGCGGCUGGGAACGCCUCCAUCUACGGCGACUUUACUCACCCUGUUGUCCUCAAGCACAAUGACGUUGUUCAACUGGUGUUGAACAACGCGGACAGCGGAUCUCACCCUUUUCACCUCCACGGCCAUCAGUUCCAGGUCAUCGACCGCCAGCCGCCCUACGGUCCUACGUUUUAUGACUAUUUGAACGGUGACCCUAUCCCAUACGACCCGAAGAACCAUUCCAGCUUCCCAAAGUACCCUUCAAGAAGAGACACGAUUGUGCUCCCUCCGCAGGGAUACUUGGUCAUCCGCUUCGUGGCUGACAACCCUGGAGUCUGGAUUUUCCACUGUCACAUCGACUGGCAUUUGUCUUCAGGUCUGGCCAUGCUCAUGAUUGAAGCCCCAGAAAAGAUCCAGGAGCGAGUCACCAUUCCCGAUAACCACUACGAAGUUUGCAAAGAAGCGGGAGUCGCCUACAAGGGAAAUGCAGCAGCGAACACGGAAGAUUUCUUUGACUUGUCUGGACAGAAUGAACAGCCUGCGUGGAUCCCAGCCGGCUUCACCACACGUGGAAUCGUAGCGCUUGUGUUUUCGGUUAUUUCUGCAGUUAUUGGCAUUAUUAGUAUUGUCAUCUAUGGCUUGGCGGAUAUUAAGCACAGGAAAGACCCGGGGUUUGCUGCCCCUCCAAGCGAUCCAGACGAGGUCGUUGUUGAGCGGAGCUCGGCCAGGCCAACAAAGGAGUAGUUUGUUGACAAUUUUGUGGAUGUUCAAGAUACCAAUUCUAUUUUCUCCUGUAUUGAGAGGAUUCGAUACUACCGCUGGAGUGACAACUAUGUUCACGGACAGGUGGAGGAUGAGGAAGAAUGCAGGUCGUUGAUAUAUCUGUGGGUGUAUGUGGCAAAUGAAUUUAGAGCGUCUGGGAGCGGAUUGAGAUAGCGAAUCAAUGCGUGAAUUUAUUCUUAA